AUGGCGCUGUUUUCUACAGCGGCAAAAGGAGACGUCCAGAAGAUACAAUCAUUAAUCGACUCAGAAGACAAGUCCGAGGAUUCGAGAGGAGUUGAUGUAAACUGCUCGGAUGCAUCUGGCAAGACACCCCUUCACAUUGCUUCGGCAAACGGACAUUUGCAAACGGUUAAAUGCCUAACCAAUCAUGGAGCAAAGGUGAAUGUAAUCGAUGCUAACCUACAGACAUCGGUUCACUUAUGUUCAAAGAAAGGCCAUCUUCAUGUGGUAGAGCUGUUAGUGAACGAAGGAGCAGAUAUUAAAAUUGGCGACAAAGAUGGGUUUACAGCUCUUCACAUAGCAUCAUUCGAGGGUCAUGUUGACAUUGUCAAAUACCUUGUUAGUAAAGGGGCAGAGCUGGAGAGACUUGCUAAUGAUUAUUGGACACCUCUACACCUUGCAUUAAACGGUGGCCAUCUUGACAUUGCAGAGUACCUUUUGACAGAAGGAGCCAACAUUAACACGUGUGGUAAAGGUGGAUGUACAGCUCUACAUGCUGCAUCACAAACUGGUAAUAUUGAUGGAGUGAAAUAUCUAACUAGUCGAGGAGCAGAGCAAAAUAAGAUCACUGAGGAUGGUUGGACCGCGCUGAGUCUGGCUUCAUUUAGGGGACACCUUGACAUUGUCAAAGUUCUCGUUAACGUAGGGGUAGAGGUUGACAAAGCACUCAGGAACGGGAUGACACCCUUGUUUCUGGCAACAAAAAAAGGCCAUUUGGGUAUUGUCGAAGUCUUACUGAACGUAGGAGCAAAUAUUGAUAACUGUAAUCGAAACGGGCAAACAGCACUCCACAUCGCAUCGUCCAAUGGACACGUUGAAAUAGUUCAUCAUCUUGUUAGCAAAGGUGCACAGCCUGAAAAAUGUGACAACACCAACAUGACACCCUUGUCUUGUGCUUCUCAAAAAGGCCAUCUUGAAGUCGUCGAGUGUAUCGUUAACAAAGGAGCAGGCAUUGAUAUCGUUGAUAAAAAUGGAUUAACUGCUCUUCACAUAGCAUCAUUCAAGGUCGUCGAGUAUAUCUUGUACAAAGGAGCAGGCAUUGGCAUUGGUGAUAAAGCUCUUCACAUAGCAUCACUCGAGGGUCAUCUUGAUAUUGUCAAAUACCUUGUUAGUAAAGGGGCAGAGCUGGAGAGACUUGAUAAUGAUUACUGGACACCUUUACACCUUGCUUUAGACGGUGGCCAUCUUGACAUUGCAGAGUACCUUUUGACAGAAGGAGCCAACAUUAACACGUGUGGUAAAGGUGGAUAUACAGCUCUUCAUUCUGCAUCAAAAGCUGGUAAUAUUGAUAGAGUAAAAUAUCUAACCAGUCAAAGAGCAGAGCUGGAUAAAAGCACUGACGAUGGAUGGACCGCACUUAGUUUGGCUUCAUUUUGGGGACACCUUGAUAUUGUCAAAGUUCUUGUUAACGGAGGGGUAGAGAUUGACAAUGAACCCAGGAACGGGAUGACACCCUUGUUUCUCGCAGCAGAAAGAGGCCAUUUGGGUAUUGUCGAGGUCUUACUGAACGUAGGAGCAAAUAUUGAUAACUGUAAUCGAGACGGGUUAACAGCACUCCACAUUGCAUCGUCCAAUGGACACGUUGAAAUAGUUCAUCAUCUUGUUAGCAAAGGGGCACAGCUUGACAAAUGUGACAAAACUGACAAGACGCCCUUGUAUUGUGCUUCUCGAGAAGGCCAUCUUGAAGUCGUCGAGUAUAUCGUGAACAAAGACGCCGGCAUUGAAAUUGGCGACAAAGAUGGGUUUACGGCUCUUCACAGAGCAUCAUUGGAGGGAGCAGGCAUUGAUAUCGUUGAUCAAAAUGGGUUAACUGCUCUUCACAUAGCAUCAUUCAAGGGUCAUCUUGAUAUUGUCAAAUACCUUGUUAAGAAAGGGGCCCGGCUUGACAUAUGUGACAAAAACUACAGAACACCCUUGGCUUGUGCUUCUCAAGAAGGCCAUCUUGAAGUCGUCGUGUAUAUCGUGAACAAAGGAGCAAGCAUUGGAAUCGGUGAUAAAGAUGGGUUUACAGUUCUUCACAUAGCAUCACUCAAUGGUCAUCUUGAUAUUGUCAAAUACCUCGUUAGUAAGGGUGCAGACCCGGGGAAACUUACUGAUGAUUACUGGACACCUUCAGGCCUUGCUCUUAAUGGCGGCCAUCUGGGUAUACAUGACUUUCUUUUAAAUAGAGAAGCAACAAAGAUCGUUAAGCCAUUCAUUGGGUUUGAAGAGGACCACUAUGACUACCUUCGCAGUACUUUUGGUAGUAAGGCUUUCCCUGGCUAUAUGCCCCCAUCCUCCCGAACAUGCGAUCCAUAUCGUACCAGUCCACAAGACAGCUCUCGAUCCUCGAGGAAGAGCAGCACAGAAGAGACAAUGAUUAUUAGUCUUGACGAGUACAGCAUCAAGGUUACACUUUCACCAGACGAUGUGGACAGAGCCAAAUAUAUCACAGCAGAAGCAUUGACAACCAUUCCACAUGACUUAAACCUGGAAAAAGACGAAGUUAUCAUCUCAGUUGGGCUCAAGCUAUCCCCUCCUGGUCUUCAGUUUAAAACUCCGGUGGAAGUCACGGUCUCACAUAGCGCUAUUUUCACCAACCCAGACAAGGCAGAAAUUGUGCUAUACACCCGAAGAACUGAGUCUGAUGAAUUUUCAAGGAUAGUUCCUGCUUCUGACAAAGCUGCUCGGUGUGUAGUCGCAAAGAAUCACCUUACUCUGUACUUAGACCAUUUCUCGGAAUGGUGGAUUAUCUCCUUAAUCAGGAGAUACUUCAUCGGUAAAAGGCUCAUCUGUACGCCAUACGUUCCCCUAUCAACAUACAGAGACGAGUUGAACCGCAUCUAUCUCGUCAUUAAAGACGACUUCUACGGCAUGAAAGAGGAUACCAUACGAGACUACCAGGUAGCCUUUCUUGGUGAGCAGUACUGUGUAUAUUGGGGAAAAGGACCCCUUUCUGUAAGACAUCUGGAAAACAAAGAGGAAGUGUCAAAGGAGGUAACAAUCCCAAUAUAGUUAUUAUAGUAUUGAUGACUGCUUUGAGAGAAAUAGUUGUUUUU